GCACUCAAAAAUCUCCCGCCAAAAUCCCGGGCAUUUUUUGCGGGAGGAGUGGCUCGUGAACUUCGCUGCACCCUCGAAACUUACUUCGGUCGCAGAGAUGGCCGGUGGGGACGGUGAGCGAACAGACUAUCUAAGCCUGGUCAUUUCCAGCUCUCUGACGAGCUUCGGCGCCCAGAAACGCUUCCCCGCGUCUACAACCGUCGGCGAACUCAAGGGGAAAUUAGAGCUAAUUACGGGGGCGACAGCGUCUCUGAUGCAGCUGCAACUCUUCAAUGGGGACGAGGACAAGUUGGUGUGUGAGUUGACGGACGACGCGGCCCCGCUGGGCUCAACAGGAGCUGAGAAUGGUUGGAGGAUCAAUGUGGUGGACAGAGACCCCUCCAAGAAGAAGGGGGAGUUUGAGGACCUGUCGAAGGUCCAGAAAUAUGAGAUGAGCAAAGAUGACUAUGCCAAGAGAACAGGCUCAGCCCUGGCAUUCAAGGAGAAGAUGAAACUGGGGCAGUUUGCAGAUCGCAGUUUGGCUGUGGCAAAGGUAGCCGAGGAGGUGGCAGAGAAAGAGAAGAAGCUGGCAGAGGCCGUAGCUGUCGGGGCACGGUGCGAGGUGACUGUCGGUGACUCGCUGCCCAAGAGAGGAACUGUCAUGUUUGUAGGACUGACAAAGUUCAAGCCUGGCUACUGGGUUGGAGUCAAGUAUGAUGAACCAGUGGGGAAAAACGACGGGAGUGUGUUUGGAGAGAGAUAUUUCGAGUGUCAGAGGAUGUACGGAGCCUUUGUGAAGCCGACCUCAGUCAAGACAGGGGAUUUCCCCGAGGAGAGCUUCAGUGACGACGAAAUGUAGCCCCAGUCUGUUACCAUGGAGAUUUAAAACCGGGAUAUAUCUAGCUCACUGCAGUUCUAACAUUUUUAUGUAUGUGACCAUCAGUUAAUAGAGCACAUGUUGGUAUGUACUUCUUGUAGAGUCAUUUUAUGGACCUUCCACCUUAGAGGGAAAAAGAAUAUGAAAUCAUGAUAGAUGCAGAGUGUGAUGUGGUCACAAAGUGAGGUUGAAAAAUAAAAGCAGGG